UAUGCUCUAAGGUUCCCAGCCAAAAAAUGUUUUAUCUGCACAAUUUUCUGUUCAUUUUUAGCUUACGUUUCGGUUGCCGUCUUAUAGGAUUUAUUGAGGUUUGUCUGUAUGGCUAUGGAUUCUAUUAUUUGGUUAACAAAUAUGGCUUCUCGCAAAUGCUGGAAUCGAUGAUUAUAAUAUCUCUGGGCACUUCCUGUCUGCUGUCGAUUCUAAUGUUGAUCUCUACGCUGCAGGACCACGAAUCAUCCGGCAUUAUCUUCACUUAUCUAAUGUGGGGCAUUUUCACAACAAUUUUCUUGGCAGUCUUCUACUUGAUCACCUUUAAGUCGGGGAGAAAAAUAAGUUUGGAGGUAUUCUUGGGUCUUCUAUUGGGCACAACAAUUGCCAAGUGCUAUUCCAUGCUGGUGGUACUAUCAUUCCUCCAUAUGAUGGUAAGUUCCGAUAGUGAAGAUUCCUCUUAAGGGCGCUUUGGACUUCAAAAUAGAGAUGGAAUAGAAAACAUUAUUCAUAUGUGAAAUGCCCAAUGUCCACUCUUAGACAGCUGUUUUAUUAAAGUGCAUUUAUAUAUUUUGUAUCUAUACAAAUAACGCUCUCUUCCUGCACGAUUGACGGACUGACCGAUUCAUGGUCAACGCAAAGUUCAAGUCGGUAGGGAUAGGAAGUUUCUUCCAGAUGAAACUAGUGAUGGAAGCCCGUACUGAAUAUCGUAUUAAAAACUCAAAAUGGAAAACUUCGAUUCUGCAAGGGAAUAUCGAAAAAUUUUAAAAUUUUAAAAAAUAUUCACAACGAUAUUAGAGAAUUAGAGUAACGAUAUUAAAAAGUAUAAGCCCGAAAACCAUUCCAGAAAUGUGCGGCUAGAACUGGAAACAAGAGUGAUGACUAUCACUAAUGUGUCAAGAACCAGCAAAUACUUUUCAGUAAUCUUGUAUAAAUGGGAAUAACUGGCUAUUGCUUGUUAUGAUCACCAAGGAGACAUCUUCAAAAACUUAAUGACUUCUGUAUUUUCAGCCUCAGCAGGCUUUGCUAAGAAGAAAUUUGUUUGUGUCGUUUCCUCAAGUUCAUACAGUGUAUACAAUCCCACAAUGAGAAUAUAACAAAUGUAUUUAAAUUCACAAAUAA